CCGUCAUGGCGGCUGAGAAUGGAGUGUCAAAUCAUGAAGGUGCUAAUAAAAGUGAUCAGAACGGCCUUCCGAAUCAGUGGGUGCGGCUAAAUGUCGGUGGAAAAUGUUUCCUAACAACAAAAACAACUCUAUGCCGAGAUCCACAGUCAUUUCUCUGUCGACUAUGUCAGGAGGACCAUGCAUUGAAUUCGGACAAGGAUGAGUCCGGCGCAUAUUUGAUAGACAGAGAUCCUACAUUUUUCGGUCCCGUCCUUAACUACUUGCGACACGGGAAACUCGUGAUCAACAAACAUCUAGAAGAAGAAGGGGUGCUAGAGGAAGCGGAAUUCUAUAAUAUAGAGGAACUUAUCAAAUUAGUCAAGAUAAGGAUAUCUGAACGUGACUCACAGAAGCAGCAACUGGAGCGGAGGAAGCACGUAUACCGGGUGCUGCAGUGCCAGGAGGACGAACUCACACAGAUGGUGUCUACAAUGUCCGACGGCUGGAAGUUCGAACAGAUUGUCAACAUCGGGUCGACGUACAACUAUGGCAACGAGGAUUCGUCAGAGUUCCUGUGUGUCGUCUCGCGCGAGUGUGACACGACAACGGCCAAUGGCGUCGGCGAGAUGAGGGAGCCACAGGACAACAGAAAGGUUCUGCAACAAAAGGGAUCACGCUAGAUUUCCGAUCUCAACGUCAGCUGGGCUGUGAGGGACAGAGCCACCUGCUAGGUCUCCACAGCUACAAAUCGGUCACCCGGCCAUCAUAUCCAUGCCGACAUGAUCUCAGAUGCGCGGUAAUUCAACUUCAUCUUUCUGGCAAACAAGAAUGGCGGUCGCUCACGCCACCAGAUGGCGUUGCUGUAUGUGCGACGGUGUCCAGACACAUUCUUUCCUUGAAAGUGCGAGUUGAAUUGUCGUUAUCAGCCUGCGACCUGAGCUGGUGUCGUGUGAGUAAACCUCUCCACGAGGCUUGGAGGAUUGCAAGGGGAGAGACUGCGGGACUGCAAGCACAUUACAGUUGUGCUGGAAGAAUGUAAUCUACGGGGGUAAGCGAAAGAAGGCAGCCUUCUCACGUGGGAUCUCAAAGAGUGAUGUCUGCCGAGUGUGGGGAAGAUCCUCUGCGAGGUUGGGAGAAGGAGAGAGCUAGCUCGUGGUCACGUGAGAAAACCGUGGCGUAACAGGUCUGAGAAUAAGCGAUGGGGAAUCGCCGUGGUAACGUAUAUCACGGAUAGUGUCGAUAGUUGUAAUAAGACAUGUUAUCGUUUAGUCCUAGCCGGUGAUAAAAGCGUCUUUUGUAAUGUUUUACCACUUUCGAAAUUAUCGGUAAUAUAGGUACGAGCGUGAUCUGAACUGCUGGCUUAAUUUCAAGGCAAUGAAGAGCCACAGUCGAUGUGUCCACUGUCUGAUUUGUUGGGUAAAUAUUUUAGUUAUUGGAUUCUGGUGGCGCUAGCCUUGUUGUUAUGUAAUAGAAUGAAGCUGACACUAAGGGCUUCAUCUUCUGUUAAGUUGCCUGAUUUGUCCUUGUUCUUUGUGACGUUUUUUUAGUGAUGAUAAGCUUUUAGGUGCAUUUUGAUAUUUUUCCUCUUACUACAAAUGUGUAGUAUAAUCUUACUGAUCGCCCGAUUUUUUUCAAACGUUACGAAUUGUACAGUUGGGUGCUUGAAUAGUCUGUACAUAUAAUUUAUGCCAGGAUGUAGAAAUAGUUUAUAUUAUAAUCGUACGAUAGGUGUACUACAACAACCAUAGCACAAUUGCUUGGUUCCUAUAACCAAUGAGUCAUAAGACUGGUCUAUUACUAAUUAAGACAUACUUUAAUGGCCUAAUCAUGCAGUUUUAGUUUAUUUUAGUUUAUUUGGACUCCAACGUACAUACAAUGUUGGACGUAACUGUACAUUUAAGUACGGAAGUCGGACUUAUGAAAUGCGAAACGCUUGGCUGUUCAGAGAUAACUCUGCAAAAAACCUCAAACGCAGAUGUGGCUCAACGACAUAGAUGAUUCCAGAAGGACAAUCAAUGUGCAGCGGCCCACAUAGCUGCUGCCGUGUCUCGCAUACACUGACGUUCCCAAAGUUUUGGUAAAUGGAGUAAAAUCUAAUUGGGUAAGAGGACCCGUUGGCGACUGUAGAAUGAUAUAUGAUAUCAACGACGUGUAGCUGGAGGUCAGAGCGCGUGUGUAUAUAUGCGCAUGUCAUCUUACCGUUAUUCGAUCGAUACUUCCCUACUUCUGAAAGAUUAUUGGUGAUCCAUCCUUCAGUCGUAAGGAUUGUAGCAAGGAUCAUAAAACUCCGUCGAUGAGGUGUAGUUACUGAAUGGAAUUUUACCGAUUACGAAUGUAAAGAUGUCACAGAUCAUAUUUGAUUGGGUGUAGAAGUUGUCCCGAGAGAUGAGGCACGUUGAGAUUGUAAGAUGUCUUAUCGCGGCAUUUGUAGAAUGAUCGUGUCAUAAAACCCCCUCGCCCAUCUUAUUCACCCAUAAUUACAUUUACUGCCGCAAUAAAGCUUGAAAUCCAACGUUCGUGUAUUUAAAUAUAUCGUGACAAUACCUAUAUCAUGUAACCAGCAGACUUAAUAACUCAAUCCGGCCAGAUUUAGUGUUUUUUUCAUAUGAUGUGCGCACAUGUAGGUUAAAUUGCCACACAAGUUGUAGUGAACGGUGCUGCUACAUACGACGUUUGCAGUUGCUUGUGAAUGAUAUCCUGUGUGAUGACGUCUUACUUAUGCAAUAUUUUUAUGCUUGCCACGUGGAAUGGCCACGAGGCUGUCUCUAUGAACUAUUAUCGUAAUUUGUUGUCUUUGUUUAUUUGUUUGUUUAGCAUUUUUGAUACUGGUAGUAGGAAUCUGUGUGAAUUAGUGGCAUCUUCCUUCUGCUGAGCUAGUUUUCAGAGGCUAUGUUCUUUCACAGAGAACUGGCCCGUUCUGAGGCAGAGGCUGAGGCGUAUUAUGUUGUUACGGAUCUUGCUGUUAUUUAUAAUGUGUCAUCGUAGUGUUUUUGCUUGAGGUUCGAUGUACUAUUUUUUUGUUUUGAUAUGCAGGUGUGCCAGAGAAGUUGAUACUUUGUUUUCAGUCAAUUCAGUUUUUUCACAGCUGCGAUAAAUUUUAGAUAUCGGCGACGCGGCGUUCAUCUAAUUCAUUGAGCGUGGAUGGAUAGGUAUCGGGGAAUGUUUGCAACUUACGUCUAUUUGGAAUCGUUUUUAUUGGGAAAAAUCUAUAAACUGGAUGUGAUUUUAUUAAUCAAAAGUAAUGAAUAAGAAACCGGGUUUACCAUUAUCAGUGUUACGUUACUUAUCUCUCCACUUUCAGACUGUCACCAUGCAUCUUCAUUGCUUCUGCUGCCUGCGUUUAGAAUUUCAAUGUGUUGUUUUUAAUCGUUCUCAUCAACUCUGGCUGACCCGCCGUUUGAGGGCUGGUUAUGUUUCGUUUCAAUUUAGACGUUGUAUUCGCUGUGGUAAUGUGUAAACAUUGAUGAUGUUGUGCCAUAUGUGUCGAGUCAGUAUUUAAAUUAUAUCAGCAUUUACGCUGGCAUUUAUAUGUGACCGUCGCUUAUUUGUUAUGUGUUAUGUGAAUUCGACCUUGAUGUUUGUGGGGGUUAGACGAUGCAUGAGUUUGCUCCCCAUGAACCUUUCCAGUAUUCUUUUACACGUACGUGUUAAGUAUCUUCAUAGAUAAUUAACGUCGCGUGAUAUAGCACGCGAUGCUAGAUUGAUACCAAAUACGCUUCUCUUCCAGUAAACUUUAUAGAUUUGGUAACGAUCUCAUUAAUGGAGGAAUCUAAUUAUUGAAUAGCAUGCAGUAGAGGAGAAAGUACAAUGUGUUGAGUAGUGAGGAGGGAUGGACUGAUGGAUGUAGCGAAGCUACCUGGAAAGGUACAGCUGUGUAUGAUUGAUUACUCUGUCGCUAUUCUGGCAUUUAUGGAAUUAUUGCUGGUCGUAGUGGCAGGCUGGCACAGUUUACUCCAAGAUCCUUUAACGUGGCUUAUUGAAUAGUUGUAGCAACGUAAUACAAUUUUAAAACUAGUACAUACCUAUUGCCCGCAGUUGGCAUUCAUUAAUUGUGUCUCUAGUCCUUUACAGGUAUUCGUGUCUCUACAUUACAUACCUGUCCAGAUUCGUAUUUUAGUACUGAGGAUGCAAAGGAUAUUUUCGUUUCUUGAUUCUGUCUGGAAUGAAUAUGCGAUGUGGAAAGAACGAAUGUGUCGCUGUUUUCUCUCUAUAUAGAGAGAGCUUCAUGCAUGAAACCACCGGUAUAAGAAAACAGGUCUUACUAGAAUGUAUUAGCAAGAAAAAUUGAGUAGCAUGUGGACACAGAAUGUAACAAUACGCAUGGUCAACUACGAAUCUGCGCAAAUAUGCAGUAAAUAUGCGUAGAAGUAUCUUCUUUUUACAUUUGUGGGAAAAUAUGCAUGUCCACGUUGUUUAUAAUCUGUGAGGGUGGUUGUCAGAGAAUUUCCAGAGGAAAAAUAAUAACGUCCGUCUGAUUUUAGUGUUGUGCAGUGAUAUAUAGGUGGUAGUUGUCUAUUCCGUUCGUUCUUGUAAAUAUGACUUUUGCAUUCACUUUUGAACUUUGACAUUUGCUUUUAAACCUGGACAAACAGCAUAUACUUCUGUUGAACAAAAUUUGAAUAAACUAUUUUUGAUUUUC